AGUGAUAACUUAACAAUCUCUAUAUACCUACAUAUAACAAACUGUUGUAUAUAGAUUUACCUUUAUUUACCGACGUUUCAACACAGGUUUCACUAGUUGUGGUCGCGGCUAACUGAUGUCCCAGCAUUUUUUUUUUAUAUUUUAUUUAUUGAAAUGUCAAAACAAAGAUCAGAGAGGCGCAAAAUGUAGGUGCGCACUAGACCUUAUAAAACAAAGCCGCCUGCCACGUCUCUUGUUUGUGUGUUUGUAUGUUCGCGAUGGACUCAAAAACUACUAAACGGAUUUUCUUGCGGUUUUCACCUAUCAAUAGAAUGAUUCUUGGCGAAGGUUUAGGUGUACUAUUUGUAACCCGUGCGAAGCCGGGGCGAGUCACUAUAUAGAUUCUGCGGGCCAGAAUAUAUUGGCAGAUCCGACCUCCGAUGCCUCGAUGUCGGGAAAGCCGAUAUGAGCGUAAACGGGCUCACACGAGAGGACGCCCAGGUUAUGGGGACUACGCUUGGAAAAGCGGUCGUCCACUUUCUGUCAAGAGUGUUAUUUUUUUAUUUAUAUAUACUCAGGGGUCCGGUACGUGGUCGGUGGUGUCCACACAGCCCUGCCAGAACGACGCGGAGAUGCCGUUGCGGGUGCGCCUGCGCAGACACAAGCUGAACCGCACACACGACGGUUUUGACCUAGAGGUGUCCUCGCUAGAAGAUAUAGACGACUCCUAUAGUGUUCGCGCAGACGUAUGCAAGAUGGUGGAAGGUGGAUGUAAACCCUUUAUGGAAGAGAGUCGCGACUGUUUACCCUGCUUAGCAAGAGAGCGCGGCUGGGAAAGCACCAGAUCAGUGUUGGUAGCCCUUGGAAUAGACCCACCAGACUUCCCAAUCCCUAAAUUUCACUAUUGGAUUGCAAUGAGCUCUCAAGAUUUAAAUUUGUCUAUUAAAAACGACACCGAGAGACAGUUUAAGCAAAAAAAAUACCGAUUUAGACGAGAAAAUGGAGAGUACAAGCUAGACAACUACGUCGUGGACGCAGAAGGGCUAGCGAAGAAAGGACUGUACAGUGAAUUCCAAGGAACAGGCUACAUAGUGAAGCACGGACAGGACAUUGCGUGCUACCAAAUGUCCGUUAAGUUCGAGCCAAUUGACGAAUUUGGCUCUGUGUCGUCGCUGUAUGGUUAAUGGGGCUAAACUAUUAUAAAAUAUUUUCCAAAUUAUUAUAACUGUGCAAAGUAAAUAAUUGCUUUCGCUUAA